GGACAGCUGUGUGUGAGAGUGUGUGUGGUGUGGUGUACAUUUCCCUGUCCACUUACCAGCUCUCUCAUUUCACUGGUAGAGGACUGAGGGACUCAAGGACAUCUUCCCAUCCAGCGCUGCCAGACAGCCACAGAGCAGUACUACUGUAGACAGCCUGUAUCCAUAUCAAUUCAGCUGAGGUGUGAUUAUUGCUGGUUGAAAACUCGGAUCAGAUCAACCUAUCAUCUGCACCAGAUACCCAACACCCAGUGAGUGUUGCUGUAGUUAGCCACCAUGGGAGCCUACAUUGCCAAGAUGCUGCUGCCCACCGUUAGUAGCCUGGUGUUCCUGCCUGCAGCCAGCGUGGCCACCAAGAGAGGCUUCCACAUGGAGGCCAUGGUCUAUUUCUUCACCAUGUUCUUCACCACGAUUUACCAUGCGUGUGAUGGGCCAGGCCUCUCCAUCAUAUGUUUCAUGAAGUAUGAGAUCCUGGAGUACUUCAGCGUGUACGGAACAGCCAUCUCGAUCUGGGUCACACUGAUAGCUUUAGGGGAUUUUGAUGAGCCAAAGCGUUCUACUCUGACCAUGUUUGGGGUUUUGACCUGUGCUGUGAGGAUCUAUCAGGACCGCUGGGGCUAUGGGAUCUACUCUGGACCAAUAGGAUCAGCAGUAUUCAUAAUCACUGUCAAAUGGUUACAGAAAAUGAAAGAGACAAGGGGCCUCUACCCCGAGAAGAGAGUAUAUACUCAACAGGUGGGACCAGGAUGCUGCUUCGGAGCCCUGGCUCUGAUGCUCCGCUUCUACUUCGAGGAGUGGGACUACGCCUAUGUCCACAGUUUCUACCACCUGUCUAUGGCGGUGUCCUUCGUGUUGCUGCUACCCAAAAAGAACCGCUACGCGGGGACCGACGGCAACCCCGCCAAGCUCAGCUGCUACACGCUCCUCUGCUGCACACCAUUUCCUGCUUCUACGAAGGAGAAGAAGGACAAGAAGAAGACCCCCUCUCGAACCAUUUGGACCAUUCCCACUGAGCGGCCUUGGACACGGGCCUGCAACUCACCAACUCUCCCUCUGUACAACCCACCUAGUACACCUGUUAAGAAAGCAAUGGACAUCACUACAUCUGUUAAGAAAGGAUGGGAGAUCAUCAACACUACACCUGUUAAGAAAGGAUGGGAGAUCAUCAACACUACACCUGUUAAGAAAGCACUGGACAUCAACACUACACCUGAUAAGAAAGCAUUGGACAUCAACACUACACCUGUUAAGAAAGCACUGGACAUCAACACUACACCUGUUAAGAAAGCACUGGACAUCAACACUACACCUGUUAAGAAAGCACUGGACAUCAACACUACACCUGAUAAGAAAGCAUUGGACAUCAACACUACACCUGUUAAGAAAGCACUGGACAUCAACACUACACCUAAAGCACUGGAUUUUACUACGCCUGUUAAGAAAGGACUGGACAACAGCACUAAAAGGGUUAAGAGAGCACUGGACUUCAGCAGCACUAAACCACUUGAGAAGGGACUGGACAUCAGACUAGAUAUUAGCAGCACUAAACCUGUUCACAAAGGACUGGACAUCAGCAAGCUCAAAGAACAGAAUGGGUGGAAGUGACCCCACAAGACAGAUAAACUUUUAUGAGUCAGUUGGUCUUGGUGAUGUCCAGGGAGAAAGCAAAUAGAGAGAGAACGAUGUCAUACAAUAUGGGGUUACAGGAACACAGACAUCAUCCACGAAGGUCAAGCCCUGGCCUGUGCCCCCAGGGAGACAAAGAGUAUGGCUGUCUCUUCUGUCUGUACAGAAAACAGGAGAGAAGCCCUUUACCUCAAAACAUGAGGAGAGUGACAGGGAGAAGGGUUCCUGAGGCAAGCCAGUAAAACUGACUGGAAAAUUUGUGAGUAGCACAGGCGGCAGACAUUUUUUCUCUCCAAGAUGAAUAAAUUGUCUUUCAAAUGUUUCUCAGGAGGGACCUUUCGUCUGCUGCUCUCUCUCUCUGAGAAAGGAACUAUGCAGUUAAAUUCAGUUAUGAAAAUUACAAGAUUGU